AUGCAACAAGGAUAUCCGGCGCCGGGGGGCUACCACAAUACAAAUUCCACAUCAUCUCCGGCGUCCACUGCCGCUACAGGUACCGCCGUCACCUCAAACAAGAGCGCCCAACUAAACGGCGGAAGAUUCGAUUUCGACGAUGGUGGCACAUACUGCGGUGGUUGGGAAGAUGGUAAAGCACACGGGCACGGAGUCUGCACCGGUCCCAAAGGUCAAGGAGCUUACUGCGGCUCUUGGCAUUUCGGUUUCGAAGUAUCCGGAGUUUACACUUGGCCCAGUGGGAGUGCUUACGAAGGACAAUGGCAAAAUGGUAAACGACAUGGAAUGGGUGUUGAAUCAAGAGGUAGAUGGAUCUAUAGGGGAGAAUGGACUCAAGGUUUCAAAGGACGAUACGGCGUUAGACAGUCGACUACUUCGAGUGCUAAAUACGAGGGCACUUGGGCUAACGGAUUACAAGAUGGAUACGGCUCGGAGACCUAUGCUGAUGGUGGUACUUACCAAGGACAAUGGCUGCGUGGAAUGAGACAUGGAUACGGUGUCAGGGCGAGCGCACCGUUCGGACUUGCCUCGCAUUAUCGCCCGAAACAAACCUUAAGGGCAUCUUUGACUUCGCUAAGGAGUAACGAAGGUGCCGGAAAUAAUAAUGUUCCUGCCAGCGUCGAAGCGGCUGUGGCGGCUGCCGAACGUGAUAGAAGGAUCGACGAUUCGAGGGGUGGAUUCGUGCUUAAAGCCAGGAGCGACGAACCACCGCAGAGAAGAAGAUCGUUGGUCGAGAAAUCUUUGAAGAAAUCUAUUUUAUCGCCUUCCAAGAAGUCGGAGCACAGGGUGAAUUGCCCCCUUUGCUCCCUUCUAUGCGGCCCUGCCGCCCACUUCGAGGGAUUGAAAAUGCGUAAACAACGAAGCACCGGCGAUUUAGAGAAACGUCUUACGUCAGGUGGCAGCAUACGUAGUACGGCUUCGAGCACAUCUUGGAUGAGUACAGAGUCGUCUCAAUCGGGACCAAACGGAGGUUCAUUUCAUACAGAUUCUAAUGCGAGCUUUGUUGUAGAGGAUGAACAUAUGGACGCGAAUGUAACGGAAACCUAUAUGGGCGAGUGGAAAAACGAUAAAAGAUCUGGUUUCGGUAUCAGCGAACGUUCAGAUGGUUUGAGGUACGAAGGCGAAUGGUUUAAUAAUAAGAAAUACGGUUACGGAGUUACCAUACAUCGAGACGGUAGUCGAGAAGAAGGCAAAUACAAGAAUAACGUACUGAUCACGUCGCAGAAAAAGAAACACAUAUUUUUAAUACGAUCAGCCAAGUUUAGAGAACGAAUCGACGCCGCUGUCAAUGCCGCCCAACGAGCAUCGAAAAUCGCUUUGCAAAAAGCCGAUAUUGCUAUUUCAAGAAUGGCGACGGCUCGAGGGAAAGCGGAGAUGGCUGAUGCGUCAGCAUUCCAAGCCAGAGAAGAUUUCGAAAUUGCCAGAAUGACCGCUAAACAAUUUGCACCAGAGUUUACUCAACCAAAUUUAGAUAAAAUACAAUUACGCGAUCUCUCCAAGUAUAAACUGUCGUUAGAAGAAAAACUAGCCGCUCAACAAGCUCAAUCCGGAAUGAACGACUCGUCGGCGGAGAAUUCCUCUUCGAUGGGCCCAGCAUCGGGGCAAAACGCAUCUUCGAACGCCAAUCCACCGUUACCACCUCGCGGCCAAACGCCUCAGUCGUUCUCGCAUCGACAGUCGUUGUCGCAAUUCCAGCCCAGAUCGUUGUACGCGCACAAAGAUCCGCCGCCGCCUUCGUCGAAUCCGUCGAAUCCGUCGACCAGCGCUCAGUUACCAUUUCAGCAACACAAUUACAUGCCUUCGACGCCGACGCGCGGCGACCAGCACAACAAUUCCUCGUCGCAGUAUAAUUCUUCGCAAAACUACCAGAAGCCAGCCAAUGCUCAAUACGGUGGCCAAGAUUAUACGCAAAAUCAGACUGAACAAAUCCAUUCCCAGAAUCAAGCCGGUUACAAGCCGACGUAUCAAACGAAACCGGACGUGUAUAGUUCGCAGCGUCCGUCCGUCGACCAAAUACCGCCGUCGCAUUUGCUAGGUCACGACCAAAUUCCACCCCAUUUGCAAACGAACCGACCUUACUUGACCAAACAACAAUCUACCAAUCAGUACCCCAGUGCCUCCGGAUCCGCGAAAUAUCCGCCUAAUCAUUAUCCAGCUCAUUCUAGUCAAUACCCGUACCACGUUAAUUCGGGCCCUCCUCCUCCGCAACGUGAUCGUGAUUCGAAUCCGGACGGAUAUAGAACGCCGCUGGUCGACUAUUCGUCGUCGUCGCAACAACCAAACCUAGAUUCUAAGACUGCCUAUACGAAUCGAAUCAACUCGGCUGAUCCGAACGAAUCGUAUCAACGUAAUGCUGCUAUCAGACGUAACUCGAAACCUGUCUCGGGAGAAUCGCCGUAUUCGUUUAAACAGGCGAUGAGCGAUCACUUCGAUCACUACACGAGACCACCGAGCAGAGACAGCAGCGUUGAUCGAUAUACAAGAGCUGCCAGCAGACUUAGUGGUAAUUCCAGACAACCUUCGGUCGAUCGCACCAAACCACCAGAGCCAAUGCAACCAGACAGUCGUAGCGGAUCUGUGUUUAGAGCCAUGACGCCAGUCCAAGCGAAUACCGGAAACGGAUCCGUGACCGGAAUGAAUCCGGUUCCAAAUCGAAUACCAUCUAAUAACGGUCAAGCUCCUUUCGAAGAUUUCAUCCUCAGGAAAAGAAGCAUUGGUCAGGAUAUCGUUCCUUCGCCGGUUGGACAUCCUAAAAGAACAGAGUCCUUGUACGUUGUGCCAAACAAAAAAGAUUCCAUGAAUAAAAGUACUCCGGUCGCUACACAAAUCCAAAGAAAAAAGAGCAUGCCCGAUUUUCAAGUACUACCAAACGCUACCAGUGGUAUGUCUCGGGAAGAAGUUUCCGUUCUAAGCUCAGCGCGCCGAGAGGAAAUGCGAAGAUUACAAGAAGAAAACGAAAGGCUACGUGCUAAUCCUCUCCUCUACCUAGUCAGUCCUCACGUCAAAGAAUGGUUCUCAAGACAACAGUUACUUAUGUUAGUUUUAUUCGUAAAUAUAUCAUUAGCCUUCGUAUUCUAUAAAAUGUUAACGUAGCGAAGAGAGGAUUUGAUUGGCGACGACCGCGAACAGAAAAUCGAUCAAGGAACCGGACGGACGGGAUAAGAAGCAUCAUCGGAAAUGCACCGUCAUCAUACGUUGCUACGAACGUAGGCCUUUUUAUAAUACCCCAAUCAAAAAAAGAAAAAUUGAAGCACAAUGAUCGAGGUAACCUGAGGGUGUGUGUGUGUAUGUGAGAGAGAAAGAGAAAGAAACAGAUGUCGAUACGAACGAGAGAGGCCCCACCGAAAGAGAUCAACCAUCUAUGGAUUAUACGAACGUUGUUAUUCCAAAUUUAAUUCUAAUUUUGUAUUUUUAUUUUUGGAAUAGUACUUCUUUUAAUUUUGGGAAUUUAUUUUAAUUUCUCUCUUUUUUUUUCUAUUUUCUUGGAAAAUUAUAUUCACUGGAUGUCUGUUGUGUAUAAAGAAAAAAACAAAACAAAUUUUAAGAAAACGACCACAAGUAUUAUGUUUUUACCUUUUAAGUCUGUUUCGUUUGUCUCUUUAAAUAUUUAUGUGUAAAUUUAUUUUUCAAUUUAACGAAUUUUAGAUGUACGAUAUACGACGCCUCUACAAAUAUACGUUAUUUUUGUUACAA